AUGUCGUCGGGCAAGGUUAAGGCAGUCCAGCUCUGGGACAAGAGCAAGGAUGAUUUGACAAAGCAGCUUGGAGAGCUCAAGACCGAGCUCGGCCAGCUCCGCAUCCAGAAGGUCGCCUCUUCCGGCUCCAAGCUGAACAAGAUCCACGACAUCCGAAAGUCAAUUGCCCGCGUCCUGACCGUCAUCAACGCCAAGCAAAGGGCCCAGCUGCGUCUGUUCUACAAGAACAAGAAGUACGCCCCUCUCGACCUCCGCCCCAAGCAAACGCGCGCCAUCCGCCGCAGAUUAUCACCCGAGGACAAGGCCCGCGUUCUGCAGAAGGCCAAGAAGCGCAACACUCACUUCCCUCAGCGCAAGUUCGCUGUCAAGGCUGCUUAA